AUGUUGAUGUUUCCUAUCCUUCGUCUUACUGAUUUGAAGUAUGCACUUGAUGAAGCUACUUUUGAGAAAGUAGUCGAAGUUACAACUUCCAAAAAGGCAUGGGAGAUCCUACAAGUAGCAUACAAAGGUGAUGAAAGAGCAAAAAGUAUUCGCCUUCAAAUCCUGAAAGGGGAAUUUGAAUCAUUGGAGAUGAAAGAGUCUGAAAGUGUAUCAGACUACUUUACAAGGGUAUUGGUUAUUGUCAACCAAUUGAGAAGAAAUGACGAUGAUAUUGAAGAUAGUCGCGUCGUAGAGAAAAUUCUACGAUCGUUGAAGCCAAGGUAUGACUAUGUAGUUGCAGCCAUAGAAGAAUCAAAAGAUGUGAAAGAAAUGAAGGUGCAAGAACUAUUAAGCACUCUACAAGCUCAUGAAGCAAGAAUGCAAAGAAGACGGAGAGAACCUAUGGAGCAGGCUCUACAAACCAAGCUCAUGAUUAUUGACCAGAAGAAAGAGUCAAAGACUGAAGGUUCACAAGAAAACGGCGGUAGCCAUGGUGACUUCCGUGGACGUGGCCGACCUCGACGUCGUGGCAGGGGCUUUGCUCGAGGCCGAGGAAGAAGUAAAGACAACAAUCAAGAUAGAGACCAAAGGUAUAACCAAAAAAAUGUAAGAUGUUAUACUUGCAACAAAUUUGGACAUGAUGCAUCGGAAUGUCGCUCUAACAAUGUGCAAGGGAAUGCUAAUUACGCAUCAAAAGAAGGCAAUGACAAUGAUGUAGUUUUGCUAGCAAGAAAGGAUGGAGAUUCCACAAACAAGAAUUUGUGGUACUUAGACUUCGGGGCAAGCAAUUAUAUGUGUGGGCAUAAAGAUAUGUUUGUCGAGUUGGAUGAAACGGAGAAUGGAAAAGUCUCAUUUGGAGAUGCGUCCAAAAUCUAA